GGGUCUUGAGGCUGUUCCCCACCACAGGCUUUCUCAAUGUUCAUCACUUCUCACUCGUCCAUUCUGCUCACUCAUGCAUUUCCACAAUCAGACCACAUCCUUUUGAGCUAAACGCAUAAAAGCGAACAUCGAAGUGGAUUUCAGUGCAUUCAGCAUCAGAUCAAAGAGAAAAGAAAUGUCGUGUCAGAAGGAUCUCUGUGUUUUUAUCUCAUGUGUGCUCCUCCUCAGUGUCCAGUCAAGUCAUGGUUCUGAGAUUAUUGGAGGGAAGGAAGUGACUCCACACUCGCUGCCUUUCAUGGCUCUGCUGGAGACCAAAACACCAGCAUGUGGAGGGAUCCUAAUCGAUCCUAAGUGGGUCCUGACUGCUGCCCACUGUGAAAACUUUUCCAGGAUUGACAAAGUGCUGCUGGGAGUGCACUCCAUUAAAGAAAAGGAAAAAGACUCCAGGCAGGUCCGAAAAGUGAAGAAACGUUUUCCUCAUCCCUGCUAUGAUAAGAUAGACUUCGUCAAUGACCUCAUGUUGCUGAAGCUUGACAAACCUGUGAAGGAAACCAAGACGGUGAAAUGUCUCAAGCUGGGCAGAACGGUGAAAGAGCCAACAGCUGGCAGCAGCUGUCUGGUGGCUGGAUGGGGGAAAACAAAUAACAUUGCCAAGCAAAUGUCAGAUGUCCUGAGGUCUGUCAACGUGACUGUGAUCGACAGGAUGAAGUGCAAUUCUCCAGACUAUUACAACCUCAAGCCUGUGAUCACCAGCAGCAUGAUAUGUGCUGGUUCAGAUGGUAAAAACAAUGCAGACACCUGCGGGGGGGAUUCAGGAGGACCGCUGCUGUGCAAUGGAGCACUAGUCGGAGUCACUUCUUUUGGAAGGAAGUGUGGCAUGAAAACAAAACCUGGAGUUUACUCUUUUCUCACAGAAAAACAUCUCACGUGGAUCAAAAAGACAAUGAAAUCGUCUGACCUAUAAUGAGCCAAAAAUUCAAAUGGUUGCUUUCUUGGUAAUCAUAUGCAACAAUCUUUUUACCAAGGAAAUGGAUUUGUAGUUAAAGUAGAUUAGUAACCUUUUCGUAGCUAUAAAUGUUGCUGCCAAGCUCACCGGUGUUUAUUCUACCAUCUGCAAAGCCAAAACUAGAACAAAUAUGUGGAUCAGUUUAUUACAGUAACCAAGUUGGACUACGUGCAGUAAUAAUGAAGUAUUACUUCCAGAGCCACAGAGUUGGUUAAUGAAGAGUUAAUGUAGGGUUACAGGUGACAUAAAGCAACAGCAUUUACUUCUAGCACAUUCGUCAUGCAGUUUUUCUAGAUGUAUGCUGUAAAAAUAGAAACGUGUUUUAUCUUUUGGCUAUUUAACAUUUAAUGAAGGGUAUUGACAUGUGUUAAAGGUACAAAAUUACUUCUAUAAUAUAAUAGUAUAAUAAAAGGAUGGAUGGAUUUGUGCAAUUAUAUAAAAACAAUCUCCUUGAAUUUAACCAUUUCCUCUGUUCAAUAGAAAGGGGUCUUGAAGUCAUGAUGAAGUUGAUGUAAAAACUUUUUAUUUUCUUAAAAAAAAUGGGAUUCCAAGGCUAUUCGCUAUUACAGUCUUUGGAUGUUAUUUUAUCUGAGACAUGUAAACCUACAGUAUAUUUUCAUAAUUCUAUUUGUAUAUUUGUGCAUUUCAAAA